GGGAGUCUUGUCCUAACAGGGCAGGUCAUAUUGUCUCAUUUUUACUUUUAAUGGAGGAAUAAAUUUUAUAAUUGAGAGCCGUGCUAAACUCUCUACCAGUGGAGCUACAUCCCCAGUGCCUAGGUCAAUUUUUUUCCAGGAAAUAAUGGAUGUGACAUGACUUUGGAAGACAAUUUACAGUGUGAGAAGCAUGGACUCCUGAGUGAUGAAGAACUGGGUGAGCCUAUGAGACAUGCCUCACAAACCCUUCCAUAUCCAGCUCUACCCUAUGUGCUCUCAAGAGCCUUCCGGACUCCCAGAGGUGGAAGGUUCAAAUGGAGAGCAAAGCUGAGGCCUUGGAGCCGUGAUGUGUGGCGGUCCACAGUAGCUACCGGAGGAGGAUGCACGACCUGCUUCAAGACCACCAUGCCUGUCUCAAGGUGUCCCUCAAGCCUGCCUGAUCAUCAGCACAGGGGCCUAGGGGGCCUAUCAACACCCUAGAAAUGAUCUGCCAUAUCCCCACUCCAAUCGGAUCAUUUGCAGGAACCCCCAUCAUGAGUGAGAUGUCAGACUCAGAGGCCAGGGAGCAUCCAGACUCCUAGGGCGUUCACAGCCACCGCAUCUUACUUCUGAAUUUGCAACGAGGGGACUAAGCCUCAGAGAGGUCAAAGUGGCCAGACAAUGACAUGGAAGGACCAAGACAAGAACCCAGGAUGAGCUUCUCCCGCCUGCCUCUCCAGGGCCUCUGGACACUAGGAUCAACAGCCCAUUUCUCAGAUGAGGGACUGAGGUGCACAGGUGUUCAAUCCCCGGGGCACAGUCAGCUGGGCUCUGGAGUCUCUCUUCUUAAUCUCUCACUACUCUGAAAGAUGGAGAAACUGAGGCACGAGGCGGUUUCUCCACGGUCGUGUAUGAACAGAAAGCAGGCUACUGGAGUUCAAGUCAGAGUUCUCGAAAUCCACAACGGAGCAAGUGCCUUGACUGAGCCAAAGCCCAGCUAGCUUGCCGGCUUCAAUUAAACCGUUUGCUUUUCUGACCAAAGGAUAAUUUAACUAAUAGCACCGGUUUUCUGACACUAUUGAUCGGCCAAGAUUAAAUAUGUUUGUCACAG